AUUAAAAUACUUAAACGAACGUUAUUCAUUCAUAUUUUUAAUUUAUAUUCCAUAUGUGUUGGUAAAAAACGGUUUUGAUAUUAAUAGCAGCAACAAACAAGGUGCCUCUUUCUCUUGUACUUCUGCUUUUAUGCAAUUGUUUACUCAUAAAUGAGCGUGUGUCUGUAUGUGAUUUAGUUUUAUUUUUGCUGGUCUCUUUCUCUACUUUGUUACAGUUUUUUGGAUUUUACUCUGAAGCAUGAGUUAUGUGAGUCAAUCUAUUGAAUAAAAUCUUAACUAUUAAAGAAGAAACCCCCUCUUGGGCAUAAAACACAUUCUGUCAUUUAUGGUUUAUGAUAGUUGUCAUUUUCACAGAAAGAAAUUUAGCAGUCUUAAAUUGUUGAAGUAACAUCCAAAACAAUUAAUUAAUCAUGAGAAAAUCUUAAUUACUAAAGGCGCAAGACACAUGUCCCUUAAGUCUUACUUACCAUAUGCUACUGUAAGAAAUUAGCUACAAUUAAUUAAAGAAAUCUAAAUGUUGAUUAUAUACCAAACAAAUUUAUAUAAAGAGAUUGUGUCUGUAUAUAUAUUUCAAAAAUUAGCUAUAAUCAAUAAACAAAUCCACACAUACUUAUAAAAAUUAAUGAAAAUACUAUGUAUUCACUAAACAAAUCUACACUUACUUUUCAAAAUUAAUUGAAAAUACCAUCUUAAAAUAUUAUGAAUAUGCUAACAAUUUUUAGUUCAUAUCUUUAAAAAUCUGUAAGAACUUGCUUAGGAUAAGUUUUGAUUUAAUAACUUAAACUAAAAAAACAUUUUUACAUAAUUAGUAUAUUUAAACACUAAAAUAAAUUAUAUGAAAAUUAAAGUAAUCCGUUAACAACGUGCGAACCUAACCAAGAUAAUUUAUCCUUUAAAAACGCGCGAAACUAACCAACAUUAAUAUUUUAAAGUAAGCUGUUAACAGCGUGCGAAACUAACGAACAUUAAGAUUUCAAAAUACCGUUAAUCACGCGCGAAACUUUUAAUAAAUUAGUUAUAUAUUAUUUGAAAGUUAGAUACUAAUUUAUCAUACAAUAUCUUAUUUUAAAAACAUAACAAUGCUAUCUAUCCAAACAAUUCAAAGGAAAUGGCAAUAUUAGGGGAAAAAAUCUUUUUUUUUUGAAACAAUGGGAAAAUUUAAUAAUACUUUUAAAAGUUUACAAGAAAAAGUGGAGUGGUAUCGUGGUUACUGGCACUAUAUAAUGUACCGUGCCAAGGAGGUGAUAGAUACUUCUCUCUUACAAUACAAUCUGCUUAUAUAAGCUCUCUUCUCGUGUCUCUCUCUCUCUCUCUCUUCACCUUCAUUCCUCAGUUCCUCAGAUACUUCCUUCUUCUUUCUCUGUCUCUCGGAAUAAAAGAAUACAAAGUUCUUCUCUUUUGUUCCAAAGGUUUUGAGUUUUGUAAGCGGAGUAGGUGCAAGAGGAUUGUUUGGUAGAGUAUAUACAUCUGAUCAUGAAUCCUAGGGUGCGUCAGAGAGUUGAUGAAGAUGGUUCGGAUAUGAAUCGUAAGGUGCGUCAGAGAGUUGAUGAAGAUGGUAAGGAUAACGUUGGUGCAGCAAGCUAUCUUCUGACUGGUGAUGAGGAUGCAGCACCAAAGGUUCAAGAGUCGUCUAAGGAUUGGUCUAGUCUGACUUACGACCUGAUGCUUCACGUGUUCACUCUACUGGACAACCGCGACCGAGCUAGCUUAGCAUCCACCUGUACGACAUUGAGAAGCCUCGGUGCUUCUCCUCACCUCUGGAGUUCUUUGGAUCUCCGCGCUCACAGGUUUGAUGAUUCAGCAGCAGCUUCUCUCGCAGAUAGAUGUGCUGAUCUUGAGAAGGUUAGGUUUGAUGACCUUGACUCCGCUGCCGCCUUGGUUAAUCUCAAAGCAAAGAAGCUGCGUGAGAUAACCGGCGAAUCUUGUGAGAACCUAACAGAUGCUACGUUGGCUAUGAUCAUUGCACGCCAUGAAGCUCUUGAGAGCCUCGACCUAGGACGAGGCUUCGGCGAGAGGAUCACUAGCCAGGCUAUAAAGAUAAUAGCCAUUUGCUGUCCCAAACUUAAGAAACUCCGUAUCUCUAGAAUGAUAGACGUUAGCGCCGAGGCGAUUCUAUCUCUGGCCGAGCACUGCCCCCUGCUAAGCGAUGUUGGGUUCUUGGAUUGUCUGAACAUCAACGAAGAAGCUCUGGGGAAAGUGGUUUCUCUUCGCUACCUCUCCGUCACCCGGACGAUAAACAUGAACUGGAGAGCUGCAGAAGAGAGUUGGGGGAAGCUUCCGAACUUAACCGGUUUGGAUGUCUCGAGAACCGGCGUUAACCACGAGACGGUUUCGAGGCUGUUGACAACGUCCAAGAGUUUGAAAGUUGUGUGUGCUUUAAACUGCCCCGUGCUCGAACACGAUGCAGAUUUCAACCCUGGUAGAUUCGAAGGAAAGCUCUUGAUUGCUAAGUUUAAUAAUACUUUACAUGGGAUUGCUCCUCUAUUUUUCGAAGAUAACUCAUCAUCAGAGAUGAUGCCAGAGGAUGAUACAAGGCGUUGGCUCGAGGGGAACCUUUCUCGCACGCUUCUAUCUUUGACAGAAAGCAACUUACUAGGACUGAACGGUUUCUGGCAGAAGGAUGGAGCUAAGUUGUUUCUUAGGCUAAUGCAAAGCUCGCAAGAGGAAGUCCAAGAGAGAGCAACCCGAGGACUUGCAUCUUUCAUCCAUUUGAGUGAUGACAGUGAUAGUAUAUACCGCGAAAGAGCCGAUUCAGUUGUGCGUGAUGGAGGCAUCCCGAUUCUGUUUAAACUUACUGAAUCUUGGAAAGAAAGUUUCCAGGCGGAAGCUGCCAAGGCUAUUGCGAACUUGUCUUUGAAUGCUGAUGCUGCAAAGGCUGUUGCUGAAGCAGGAGGGGUCAGUGUUCUUCUCGGUUUAGCCAAGUCUAGGAAUAGACUUGUGGCUCAAGAAGCUGCUGGUGCAAUAUGGAAUCUCUCUCUUGGAGAUGCAUAUAAGGCCAUUUCACGAGAUGGAGGAGUGAAUGUGUUGAUGGAUCUUCUCUCUAGAUGGUCAUAUGACUAUGGUGAACUUAUGGAGCGUGCUGCUGGUGCAUUAGCUAAUUUAGCAGGAGACGAAAACUGCAGCAUUGAUAUUGCAAAAGCAGGAGGUGCGAAUGCCUUGGUGAUGCUGGCUCGAAACUGCGAGUAUGCAGGAGCACGAGAACAUGCGGCUCGUGGUUUAGCUAAUCUGGCUGCUCAUGAUGAUAGCAACAAUAACAAUGCUGCUAUUGGAGAAGUGCCUCGUGCCUUGGAAACUAUUAUUCAGCUGACGAGGUCCCGUCAUGGUGGUGUUAGACAAGAAGCUGCUGGUGCUCUUUGGAAUUUGGCAUACGAUGAAAAUAAUAGAAAAUUGAUUGCUGAACUGGGUGGUGUUGAAGCCUCGGUGGCACUUGCCAACUACUGUAUGGAUAAUACAUCAAGUGAUCUGCAAAAGAGUGCAGCUGGUGCUCUUUGGAAUCUAUCAAACUCAGAAGAGCACAGCAUUGUAAUUGGACGUGAAGGUGGUAUACCUCCUCUAGUUGCUCUUGCACGAUCUGAAUAUGAGGAUGUGCAUGAAGUUGCUGCAGGAGCUCUAUGGAAUCUUUCUUUUACUCAUGUCAAUGCUCUCCUCAUUGUGGAGGAAGAAGGAGUUCUAGCGCUUGGUCGCAUGUGUACUUCUUCUCCUUCCAAAAUGGCUCGCUUCCUGGCAGCAUUAACAUUAGCAUACAUCUUUGAUGGAAGGUUGGAUGGAAGUGUAAGGGCUUCUCCUAAACACUUGGCUAAUGUUAGAAGAAGCGGGCUUAAAUACAUUGAAAGUUACAUUGACACUUUCAUGGAUCCACAAACCCUUGCAACUGCUGCUUCAUCUUAUACUUCAUCUAUGUUAGCAAAAGUAUUGAAGAGAGUUCGUAUCCCAGAAGCUGACAUCUUGAAAUGUAGUGGUAAAGAAAUUGAAAGGUUUGUUACUAUGCUGCGUAACCCUUCUCCUGUACUCAAAAAACUUGCAGCCUUUGCGCUUCUCCAGUUCACAGUACCGGAAGCUAGUCAUGCCAAGCAUCAUGUAAGCUUGAUGCAUGACGCUGGAGAUCCUAAACAUUUGCGUAUUGGUGCUGCAGCUACAAAUAUGCCUCAUGAAGCUAAGAUUUUUGCGAAAAUUGUGCUUCGCAACCUUGAGCAUCACCAGCCAGAAUGUUCAAAAGGAAAGACAGCAUCAACUUCUAAAUAGGAUUUGGGCGCCUAUUUCAUUAGCAUUUCUUUAGUGAAUAGACUAUUUAUGUAUCUCUCAGACCAUACAAAUCAAGACGGAAGCAAAGAAUCAGAGGUACAUCAAGACUAUGGUCUCAGAAGAUGUUUGAUCCAUAUUAAAGACAAGAAAGGUGUUGUGGUAUAAUAUUUAUGUUGGCUUGUUAUGUUUAUCAAUCUUCUUCUGAGAUUUCUUCUGUAACAAAAGACCUUUGUUUUUCAUCAUAUAUAUAUAUAAUAUUUACCUUUUGAGAGAGAUUAUGCAGAGUUGUUCUUGGCUUUUACUUUCAAGUUAGCAACCUAGAAACGUUAACUACUUAAGCAAUAUCUAGCUACUUAACUACAUUCCCAAACUUUCAUUCGAUCCCUCAAAUAUAUUAUUUGCGGAUAACAUAUUUUUGAUGUUUUUAGGGGUUGACAGUGUAGUGAUUAAGAAAUCCGAGAUCUGAAAAUGUUCACAUUAGACUGACGAAUAUCUU